CCCAGAGUUCACUCUCCUGGCCGCCUCCCCAAGAGUCAGACACGCGGCUGCCUCUCUGGCACAUGUGCUCCCAGCUUGCUGGGCCUGGGCCUGCGCUGCCCCGGCAGUUUCCAGCGCCUUCCACCAGCCCGCUGUUCGACCCCGUCUAGCCUCGGUGCCGUGAGUACAGCCAGUGUCUGAGAAGAUGCGGCUACAGGACCUUCCCGGCAGGGAGCCUGAGGUCGCUAACAACCCCAGUACAUCCCAUGAUGACCACCACGGCACCAACCUCGGGGAUACCACCAAUGGUUCCAGCUCCAUCUCCGGCUCAGGUUCCACCUCCGGCUCCAGUUCCAUCUCCGGUUUCGGUUCCACCUCUGGCUCCAGUACCAUCUCCGGCUCCAUUUCCAUCUCCGGUCCCAGUUCCAGCUCUGCCUCCAGCCCGGGCCCGGGCCCCAGCUCCGGCCCCAGCACCGUCGUCACUCCUGGUCCCAGCUCCAGUUCAGGCCUGGGCUCUAGUUCCACCUCCAACUGGCCCACCUACAACAUGGCAUCCACCACUUAUGGACACACCAGCAACGGAGUAGGCCACGCAAGCAACGGGCAUGGGCCCACCGCUCUGGCCCCAACCCUGGCUCCUGUUCCUGUCCUGAGGACUCCGGCGCCUGUUCCAGCUCCAGUGCCCAUUCCAGCUCCGGCUUCCAUUCCGCCUCCAGCACCCAUCCUGGCUCCAGCACCCAUCAUGGCUCCAGCACCCAUCAUGGCUCCAGCACCAGCACCAGCUCCUAUUCCGGCUCCUGCACCCAUCCCGGCUCCUGCACCUGUCCCUGCCCCAGCCUUUGCCCUUGUGGAGGCUCCAGAUUUUGCCAAGCCCCCUGCUGCAGCUCCUGUCCAGUUUCCUCACCUGGCUCCCACUUUUGCCUGGCCUCCUCUUCCUUACUCUCCCCUUACUCGAGGAGGCACCCGAGUUCACCUAGGUGCCCGUGUAAGGGUUCCCACUCUGGCUUCAGCCCUGGGUGAAGAAGCUGCUGCAGCUAGUCCUCACCUUCCACCAGCAUCAGCUCCUAUUGAAACUCCCGGGGUGGCGGGGGCUUCUACCUCCUCAGCCACUACUGAACCGGCUUCGUCAGGCUCCUCCGACCCCAAGACCAAUCUGAUCGUCAACUACCUGCCGCAGAGCAUGACCCAAGAGGAGUUCUACAAUUUGUUUGCCACUGUGGGUAAGAUUCAGUCCUGUAAACUGGUGAGAGACAGGUCAACAGGCCAGAGCCUAGGCUAUGGCUUUGUCAACUAUGUUGAUCCCAGGGAUGCCGAGCAGGCUGUCUGCUUGCUGAACAGGCUUCAGUGUCCCCCUAAAACCAUUAAGGUGUCCUUUGCUCGGCCGAGCUCAUCCUCGAUCCGAGAUGCCAACCUUUACGUCAGUGGUCUGCCGAGGAAUAUGAUGCAGAAGGAUCUAGAACAGCUCUUCUCUCCCUUUGGACGCAUCAUUACAUCAAGAAUCCUGAUAGAUAGGGUCAGUGGGGCCUCUCGGGGGGUGGGCUUUAUCCUCUUUGAUAAGAAAUCAGAGGCUGAGGAAGCCAUCAAGGCCCUCAAUGGUCAGAAACCCUGUGGGAACCGGGUGCCUCUCAUAGUCAAGUUUGCUCAACAUCAGACCCAGAGGACCCCUCAGGGCUACCUGUCUCAAGUCCAGCAGCCUCCCCAACACUACUUCAGGCCACCACCACCGCCGCCACAACCACAACCACAGCCACAGCCACAACCACAACCACAACCACAACCACAGACCUCAAGAUUUGGGCAAGAAGGCUUUUUCAACAUGCCCUAUGGAGUCCAGAACAUGGCACCCCCCUCCUACAGUGGUGCUCCCAACAUGGCGGGAAUAACUUACCCGGGCCAUACCAGCAGUGGCUGGUGUAUCUUCGUCUACAACUUGUCUCCCGACUCUGACGAGAACGUCCUUUGGCAACUUUUCGGGCCCUUUGGAGCAGUGAGCAAAGUCAAAAUCAUCCGAGAUUUCAACACCAACAAGUGCAAACGUUUUGGCUUUGUCACUAUGACCAGCUACAAUGAAGCCGCCUUAGCCGUUGCCAGCUUAAAUGGAUACUGUCUUGGUGGCCGUGUGCUGCAGGUUUCCUUUAAGACCAACAAAAUUCACAAGGCUUGAAUCACACAAAGCCUUGUUUAGCAAGGUGCACAGUUAAAAGAAGUGCGCCAACAUGGAAGAAACAGGACGAGGAGGGAAGAAACUUUCUACCAUUUGUCACCAGUGGACUUUGUAAACCAGUUUUGCCUUGGCUGGUUUGCAAAAUUUCUGAAUCAUCGGCCAUCCUUGGGUGGAUCAGGAAAAGAGUUUUAUACUGCUUAGAAAAAUACCAAAAAAAUAGCA